GUGUGGCUGCUGCCGGAAUUCUCCGCCAUAUGCAGUCUGACUGGAUACUUACCCAGCCAAAGCAUGGUGCCAAAACAUCUUCUUACGGUGCUUCUGUUUACCACCUCUUUAAGCAUGUUGGAAUGUAGCUUUAGUGGGGUGAAAUCAGUUCUGACUGGUAUAAAGGGCAUAGUGCGAGCAAGCACGCGUCAUCGUCUAAAAGACUAUAAAGAAGGUUCCAUCGCAAAAUUCCUCUGCACGAAAGAGCCGAUAUGGUUAUAUAACAGCACCGGACGCCCAGACCGUGAUUGCGAAGUGGAUCAAACGAUGAACAUAAACGAAACUUCCGUUCUCCUGUUGCGAUCACUUUACCAAAACGGCACGAAAACGUCUAUCAACCUAAUGGGGACAUUUCAGCUGCAUAAUCCGAAGCGCAUGUUUCUUCAUAUUCCAGAUAUGCCUGACAGCCUGACUGAAAACAUGGAGUAUCUAAGCACGAAGUUGAGAUGUGCGAUACUUAGGAUCACACUUCCAGGCCACCACGCUGUUUAUGACCUCCUAGUUCGAAAUUCCUCUAUUGAGCGAGGCCCUAGUAGACGCUGUAUUAAAGAAUUUGCUAAGUUCACGAGCACGUCAUUACGUAUGUAUCAACCACAUUGUCAAAACAUACUUCUCCAAAGGAUGGAACCAAAAUUCACCAUUGUUACAACAACCAAACCGACAAAGACGCAUCUUCGUUAGAUUAUUCUUGCCACUGCGUCGAUAUGACUACGCUGGCGUCGUUGGAGGCUGAUAGGAAGUAUUAUACCUAUGCAGCGUCUAUCUUCACAUUCAAGGCAUCAAACUAGACGAGAAUACCUGAAUACAUGAAAUCCAUUUUUUUCUUCUCUUGCUACGCAAUAAAUCGUGUGAUGAUGCAACUUGUACAAACAAAUUAAUUUUGAACUACUACAUCGCACGUCAUGUCGCCUUCA